UUUCCAUCUUUUUAUUUACGCGCUAAUUUACUUGAUUAAUUUUCUUUAUUGUUAAUUGUCUUUUCUUUUUUUUAAUUGUUAUUUCAUUUUUGUUUCUUCUCUAUUCGAAUAAUCAUCAUCAUCAUGCCUGAGAGAAAUGAUGACCAAAUGGAUCAGGACGAGGAUCUAUACAAUGAGCCCGGUGGAUAUUAUUUAGAUGAUAUUUAUAUUCCCCCACCGCCGCCUCUUCCUAAUUACAGAGGCGAUGAAACUGGAACCAGAUUAAUUAUCACCAAUAUUGAAAAUGUUAACUUUAAAUCUUAUGCUGGUCUUCAAGUAUUAGGACCAUUUCAUAAAAGUUUUACUGCAAUUGUUGGACCUAAUGGUAGUGGAAAAUCAAAUGUAAUUGAUUCUAUGCUGUUUGUUUUCGGUUUCAGAGCUACCAAAUUACGUUUAAGAAAAUUAAGCUCACUUAUCCAUAAAAGUGACACUUAUCCUGAUUUCGAUUAUUGCUCAGUUAUUGUUCACUUUACUCUAAUUGAAGAUAAAGAAGGUGAUGAUUUUACUGUAAUUGAAGGAUCACAAUUCACCGUAAGCAGGACAGUUCAUAAAAAUAAUAACUCAUAUUACAAAAUUGAUGAUCGAGUUGUCCAGUUCAAAGAUGUAUCCCAAAGACUUCAAUCGUUUGGAAUUGACCUGAGAUAUAAUAGAUUUUUAAUCUUACAAGGAGAAGUUGAACAAAUCGCUUUGAUGAAACCUAAAGCUGAAAGUGAAAAUGACACUGGCAUGUUAGAAUUUCUUGAAGAUAUCAUAGGAAGUAAUCGAUUGAAAACUCCUAUCGCUCAACUACAAACCAAAUUAGAGGCUAAAAAUGAGAUUCGUGCUGAAAAGAUGAACCGAGUUAGAACCAUCCAAAAGGAGAAGGACAGUUUAGAAAAGGCCAAAAAUGAAGCAGUUUCGUAUUUGAAAAUCGAGAACAGUUUAACAUGCGAAAGGAAUAAACAAUUUCAACUGUGUAAAGCCGAUGCCGUUGGUAAUAUGAGUGAUGUACUGGAAGAAUAUGAAAGAGCAAAAAGUAUCUUCCAAGAGAUUCAAGAUAAAGCAGAACAAUUCAAGAAACAACGAACCGAAUUGGAAGAUGGAAUGAAGAAAUUAAGUGAAGAAUUAAGUUCGGCAACCAAACAAGCUGAAGAAUAUAACGAAGCCUACAAAACGAUUGAACGUAAAGAUGUUCAAAUUCGAGAUAAAAUAAAACACACAAAGACUAAAAGUAAACGUUUAGUUACUGAUAUUGAAAAGGAGAAGAAAAAUCUUGAAGAUUUAACUGCUCUUCCCGAGAAGCUUGAAAAGGAGAUUGGACAAUUUGAAGAAGACAAAAGUGACUAUGAGAUGCAGAAAGUUAAAGCAGAUGAGCAACUUUCAUCGGCCAUGGAACUCAUUAAAUCUGAAACCAAAGCAUCACAAGAGUCGAAAGAUAAAUAUGAAAAAGAUUUACUUGAUCUUCAAGCUGGUGUUAAUGAGGCUCGAUCGAACCUUGAGUUGGCUCAAUCUGAAUUGGAUCUUUACUUGAGUCGAGAGAAAACCGAGAAGGCAAAGUUGGAACAAUUGCAGAUGAAAUAUGAGAGAAACGAGAAUGAUUUUAAAGAGAAAGAAAAAGCUUUAAAAGAUUUCGAAAGUCAAGUUCCUGAUUUAGAAAAGAAAUUAUCAUCACUGGAAAAAGAGCUAUCCAAAAUUGAAACUGAUCGAACUAAAAUUGAAGAAAAUUUACAGAGAAAGACACAAAAAUUGGAAGAAGUUCGGCACAAUUUAAACUCGUCUUCAUCUAGAAAUCGUGUUUUAAAUACGCUUAUGGAGCAAAAAAGAAAUGGGACAUUAAGAGGUGUUUAUGGUCGACUUGGUGAUCUUGGUGCGAUUGAUAAGAAAUAUGAUGUCGCCAUUUCAACUGCUUGUGGUCCUUUGGAUAAUAUCGUCACCGAUACAAUGGAAAAUGCUAUUAAAUGUUCAGAGUAUUUAAAGGCAAACAAUAUUGGUACAGCGACAUUUAUUGCUCUUGAUAAGAUGAAUCGAUUCAGUGAUUUCUAUGAAAUUGAUACACCAGAAAAUGUGCCAAGACUUUUUGACCUAAUCCAGGUGAACGAUGAAGCCGUUUUACCCGCUUUCUACUAUGCCAUUAGGGAUACGCUGGUUGCUGAUGAUUUGACUCAAGCAACUAGAAUUGGUCUUCGAGGUUCACAGAGAUGGAGAGUAGUCACUCUUAAUGGUGAGCUUGUUGAAGCAUCAGGAGCAAUGACUGGUGGAGGUCGUCCAUUAAAAGGUAGAAUGGGAAGCUCAAUCGCCGUUUCUGAAUACAGUGAAGAUGAUGUAUCAGCCAUGGAAGAGGAGGUUCGAUCUCUCGAGGAACAGUAUCAUCAGUUGAGAAAUCAGAGAGACCUUAUACAGGCAGAUUUCAAUAAAUCUAAAGAGCAAUUAGAGAGUAUUAAAAGAAAUCGACCUAAGUAUGAGAUGGAUCUACAAUCAGCAGCUAAUACACAGAAAGAACUGGCAAAAGUUAUCAAAGAGCUUGAAGGUGUCGUCAAAUCAGUUGCUUCUGAUCCUAAAGAGGUACAAAAGAUGGAGGCCAAAGUGAAUAAACUGUCCAAAAUUUUCGAUGAAAAGGAUAAACAAUGUGCGGUUAUCAAGGAAAAAGUUGUUGAAAUCGAUAAGGCUAUGAAAAAAUUAAUCGAUGAAAAAGUUGGUACAGCGAGAAAGAAAGUCGAAACUUUAGAUAAAAAAAUCUCCGAUCUAACCACCUCGAUAACAAAGGCCAAUGUCUCUUUAAAGAUGAACUCUCGAAAUGUUGAAAAAUGUACAGAAAAGAUUAAAAGUCUCGAACAAGAAAUUGAAGAUGCAAAGUUGCUAAUAGAAGAGUCAAAGAAACAAAUGGCUGAACUGGAAGCUGAAGCAACUGAAGCCGUUGAAAAGUAUAAAGCAGCUCUUGACACCAAGGAACAAUGUGAAGUAAAAUAUAAGGAACAAACGGAAAAAGUUUCAGCAAUAAGAGCCAAGGAAGGGAAAUUAAAAUCUGAAAAUCUAGAUGCCAAAAAUGAGCUCGAAAUCCACGAAAAAGCCGUUAAGGAAAAACAAUCAGCCGUUGACCACUGGCAGGCUAAGAUAAAUGAAUUAAAAAUCAAUGAAAUUGAAGGCGAGGAAACUGCUGAAUUACCUGUUUUAAGUGAAGAGGAUUUGGCAGAUUUGAAUGUAAAAAGUAUCGAGAAAGAAAUUGAAUCAAUUAAGAAAACUCUUGCUGGAAUGAAGCCCAAUAUGGCGGCCAUAACGGAAUUUAAAAAGAAAGAAGCAAUUUGGGUGGAGCGAGUAAAAGAAUUGGAAGAAGUAACCAUGCAGCGAAAUGAAAUUCGUGAUAAAAUGGACCAAUUGAAGGCUAAACGUUUCGAAGAGUUUAAAGAUGGAUUUGUGAUUAUCGCUCGUAAAUUGAAGGAAAUUUAUCGAGCAUUAACUUCGGGUGGUGAUGCUGGUCUUGAAUGGAUGGACUCACUAGAUCCAUUCUCGGAAGGAAUUAAUUUCACCGUUCGACCGAACAAGAAAACCUGGAAAAGAAUGGCCAACCUAUCGGGUGGAGAGAAAACACUUUCCUCAUUGGCGCUCAUCUUUGCCGUGCAUCACUUUAAACCUUCACCUUUAUACGUUAUGGAUGAAAUCGAUGCCGCUUUAGAUUUUAAAAAUGUCUCACUCGUGGGUAACUUUGUCAAACAACGUACUCGAAACACUCAAUUCCUAAUCAUCUCCCUGCGUUACAAUAUGUACGAACUUGCUGACCGAUUAGUGGGAAUCUACAAAACUCACAACGCAACCAAAUCAGUGACCAUUAAUCCAGACAAAAUCGAAUCAGUUUUAACUCUUUAAGAUCAUCUAUUUACUUAUCUCUUCUUAUUUCUUCUUAUUUUAAAUUUCUCAUCUUUUUUUUACCUUAAUCAUGUUCAUGUUCAUUUAAUUAUCGAGAAAGAAAAACAAUUGAAACAAAUUAAAUUUAUCAUCAAUUCACUGAAAACAGAA